AUGAGCGGUGCAUUGAGCGGACAUGUCCGACAGUAUCUGGUGGCUGGGCUGAUGUAUACACCGUCGCAUACAUGGACAUGGGCUAAAAUCCAUUAUCUUCUAGGAUUCCCAUUCUCACCACCAAGUGUCCAGCGGUAUGUCCAGCGGUACACCACAAGACGAGGAUGGUUGCAAAUGCGGUGUACUUGUAAUACUUGCUAUUCAAAGAAACUCAUGUUCCGAAUUACAAGGUAUAUGUUAUCGAUCGAAAGUGAUUCUGAAGGUUCCACCAUGGCUGCAAAUGCGACAAAUAUGCUGGCGAGGCUCACCGUUGGCGUUUUUGCAUGUUUGACGCGGCAACAGCCUAAUCCCGAAUAUCAUCAAGUGACAAGAGCUCAUAGCAAAAAUACGAGGGAUAGUACUCGGUGUGACAAAUUGAGAACUCGAUUCAGAUGA